CAGUCAUGAAGUUUGUAAAGAGUGGAAGUGCGGACAGAAUUUGAUAAGAAAUUAUUAAGAAUAAUGGCUAGAGUUGUGAUUGUUGUUAUUUGGAUAAGAAGGUUGAUGACGAUGAUAUAAUGAGAUGUGUCCGGAAAAUGUUGAGGCUGAGAUGGUUACAGUGAGUGCUCAGAGACAAUCCCGAGAGGGAAAGUAUUUUUGGAGACAAUAUUAUAAAACUAUGUUGACGUGUGUGCUCUUCUUCAUUUCAUAUUCUUCGUUCAUUCAUCAACCGCGAAUAUGAGUGCUUCAAAGCAGAUUAGUAUGUGCUGUCUAAGGACAAAGAAAUGGGAAGCACUAUCACUGAUCUAUUUCAUAUCUGUCGUUCAUUUGCUACUCGGAAAUGGUGAGGCGGCUACUGUGCAAAACUCGAUCAGUACAGUGAACGGAUUCCUUCCAAGUCCGGUGAAAUACUUCAGCCAGGGUCAGCAGGAGGGGGGUGGGGGCGACACUGAGAAGUCACAGGUUGAUGCUCAAGAGGUUGGCAGCUCUGCGCAUGCGCCCUACGACCAGAAUGCCACCUCGACGUCUUCCAGGGCUCAGGAAGCGAGAUUCGGAUAUCCAUUAUCAGGAGACGGAUCAUACGGAAUGUCAGGAGUGUAUGCGCCAACCAGAAUCGACCUGGGUGGAGUGCUGCUUGGAGCCAUAGUUGGUUUUGGAGCUGUCUUGAUUCUACCCAAACUGCUGCACUUGCUCACGGUUCCAGUAGGAAGCUCUCCUCAUCCAUAUGGGCGAAAUGUAGAAGAAGUUACAACCGGCUUGAAUUCUGUUUUGAAUCGCGUGGACGCUGCUCUGGAACGUGAGAACAUAGAUUCGUCAGCUUGCAUUCAGAGAGCAAUUUGCGAAUCUGUCAAAGCCUCUCCUUCUGACGGAUUCAUCAACACACUGGCUAGGAAUUCAUUGGUCUCAUCCUUAGUGAAAGGAUCAACGGUUGGAGGAGCCGUUGAGUCUGCCAGAGGUUUCGAAGGAUGCUCACAAUUCGCAGCAAAAUGUCCUUUCAACCAACGAAUAAUAGCAAAUAGUCUGAAGAGCCUUCUUACCUAAAGCCUUGUUAAUAUACUUAUAUGUCUUCAAACCAUAAUACCUCACUGUGUAUAUGGGAUUUAUUUUGUUUGUUUAAAAAAUUUUGAAAUAUAAAUUUGUAAUAUUAAAAAUUAAUAUUAUUUUCUAGGUUAUUGAGAAAACAAUAAUUUUCUACCAUUUGAAAUAGUUA